AUGUCCUUGCCGUCGCAUUUAGCGGCGUCGCUUCGCUGCUUGCACGCCGCUCCUUCCGCUCCCCGCCUCCCUUCCCUCCCCUCUCUCGCUUCCUCCUCAUUCCCGCGUCACUCAGUGUUUCCCUUAGUGCAUCCCCGCAAUGCACGACGAAACCCACGCUUCUCGUCUAGGCGCCAAUCCGCGCGGGUCGUGCGCGCGAGGGCGAGCGGGGUGCUUCCAGCCGACGUGGACGCGAUCAUAGCGAGGGGGCGGGAGGCGGGCGCGUUUGUGGAACACAGCGCGUGCGUGGUGCCCGGCGCGACUGACGGGCCGUUGCGCGGGCUGACGUUCGCCGUCAAGGACAUGUACGACGUGCGUGGGGGGGCGAGGGGAAGGAGGGGGGCGGUGGUGGCGGGCGUGCCAACGGGCUUCGGCAACCCCACGUGGCUGGCCACGCAUGACGUCCCGCAGGCCACCGCCCCCGUCGUGCAGGCGCUGCUAGAAGCGGGCGCCAGCGUGGUGGGCAAGGCGGCAAUGGACGAGCUGGCAUUCUCGCUGGCGGGGGAGAACGCGCACUACGGCACGCCCCUCAACCCAAAAGCCCCUCUCCGCAUCCCGGGCGGCUCCUCCUCGGGUUCCGCUGCUGCGGUGGCAGCGGGCCUGGUGGACUUCGCCCUGGGCAGCGACACAGCAGGGUCGGUGCGCAUACCCGCCAACCACUGCGGCGUGUGGGGCAUCCGCACCUCCCAUGCCCGCCUGCCGCUCACCGGCGCUCAGCCCCUGCAGCCAUCCAUGGACACCGUGGGCUGGUUUGCACGCGAUGCCUCUGUCCUUCAACGAGUCGGCUCCACUCUCUUCCACUCCCCCUCCCUUGCCCCCUCCCCCUCCUCCACUUCCUCUUCCCCAUCAUCCUCCUCCUCCUCCUCCCCCUCCUCCCUCCGCCCCUUCACCGGCUGGCUGGUGGCGGAGGACGCGUUUGAGCUAGCAGACAAAGACGCCGCCCGCGCAAUCUACGACAAGAUCUCGCCACAUAUAGACGAGAUCGCAGCAUUGCUGGGCGGGCGGCCGGAGGAGAAGCGGGUGGCGGGGGAGGAGGGCAGCGAGGUGGGAGGCGUGCACGAGUGGGUGGACGCCAUGAGGGUGCUGCAGCUGAUGGAGGCGUGGCAGUGCCACGGGCAGUGGAUCACAGCGCACCGCCCCGCCUUUGGUCCCGGAGUGGCGCAGCGCUUCCAGGCUGCCAGCGCUGUGGACCCGCAGGGGGAGGCAGUGGCGCACGCACGGGAGAAGAGAGCCGGAUUCACAUCGCACAUGGAGAGCCUCGUUGCGGGCGGCAAACUGCUCAUGCUGCCGGCCGCCCCCAGCAUAGCGCCUCUGAAGGCCGCCCCGCCUGCUGACGUGGACUCCUUCCGCGUGCGCACCCUGGCCCUCACCGUCAUUGGCGGCGCUGCCGGCCUGCCUCAGGUGACGGUGCCGCUGACAAGGCUGCAGGGGAGCCCCCUGGGGCUGGGGCUAGUGGCGGCCAGGGGGUGGGACGAGGAGCUGCUCGCCCUCGCCGUGCGCCUGCAGGCAAUCCUGGACCUUUCAGUGUGA